AUUAUAGAUACCUACGACAUAAAUAUAUACUACAUAGAUACAUAUAUAUAUAUAUAUAUAUAUAUAUAUAUAUAUAUUUAUAUACAUUCGUAUGAUAAAUGAUAUUUGAAGAGGUCAAGUAUGUACAAAAAAGUUUUUUGUAUUUGAAAAUGUAAGGAUCUAUAUAGUGAAAGAGAGAAAGAGACAGAAAGAGAGAUAGAGAAAGGAAGAGAGAGAGAGAGAGAAAGAGAUUAUUCCUGGCUUACACGAAGAGGAACGAUAGAGAGAAGAGAUAAGCUCCUCUUUUUCAAGAGAGAAAGAAAGAGAGAGAGAGAAAGAGAGAGAGAGAGAGAGAGAAAGAGAGAAAUCGCAUUUCGUUGAUAAAAUGUCGAUCUAUUGUAUUUUACGUUCAACAACGUCUCUUUGAACGAAUCAGCAAGAAGAGAAUUAUCCAAGACCGAGAGAGAGGGAGAUAGAGAAAGAGAAAGAUAGAGAUAGAGAUAGAGAUAGAGAGAGAGAGAGAGAGAGAGAGAGAGAGAGAGAGAGAGAGAGAGAGAGAAAGAAAAAAGAGAAAGAAGGGAUCGUUCUAAACGUUAUGGAAGCAGUAGAGGAAAUCAACAACGAUCCGCGCAAUUUACAAGAGAAAUGGCGCGAGCAACAAAGAAUAUUUUGUCAAAAUGGAAAUAUUACGGCGAAAGGAUGGUGCCCUGAGAUUUGGGAUGCAAUAAUUUGUUGGCCUUCUACUCCAUCAGGUGAAAUGGCCGUUCAUUCUUGUCCUGAUUACAUCGUAGGAUUCGAUACUCAGGGGAAUGCAACGAGGCAAUGCAUGUCUAACGGCGAAUGGUACUGGAGUUCCGAGACAAAUAGCACUUGGAGCAAUUACACGCAAUGCUAUACGACACAAUCAGUUACAGUUGUAAUGGACAUACCGGGUGUUCACUCGAACAAUGUCACUCUUAUUAAGAAGUAUUUCCCCAUACUGAAAGCCAUUUCAAAAGUGGGAUAUAGUGUAUCCUUAUUCACGCUAAUUAUAGCAUUUUGCAUUCUUGCAAUUAUUAAAUUUUUACGUAGGAAAUUGAGAUGCCCAAGAAACAUGUUACACAUGCAUACGUUUGCUUCGUUUAUGAUGCGAGCAUCUAUGGCACUAUUAAAAGAUACUCUGUUCAUAUUUGGAAUCGGUCUUUCAUCGGACAUCCUUACUAAAGAUGGCGAAAAUUAUUUACUCCACAACGAAUCUGAAAGUAAUUGGAAUUGCAAAAUGUUCACCAGUUUCUGGCAAUAUUUCAUAUUGGCGAAUUAUUUCUGGAUUCUCAUGGAGGGCCUUUAUCUUCAUAAUUUAGUCUUCCUGGCACUGUUUGCCGACGCAAAUUCGAGCAUAGCCAUUUACGUUGGCUUAGGAUGGGGAUUACCGAUGGUAUUUGUAAUAUCUUGGAUUAUAUCUAGGAUUAUCUACGAGAAUACUUUUUGUUGGACGACUAAUCAAAAUCCAUAUUUAUUUUUAUUGAUUCGAAUACCGACUAUGCUUUCUAUACUGAUUAAUUUCGUUCUCUUCGUCAACAUCGUACGUGUACUAUUGUCUAAGCUAAAGUGCACCGUAUCGGAGGAAACUCAAAGAUACAAACGAUGGGCAAGAAGUACUUUGGUUCUGGUACCACUAUUUGGAGUACAUUAUACAAUUUUCUUAGGUAUGUCCUAUAGUAUGGGGGUCGAUGAGACGGUAGAAAUAGUUUGGCUUUUUUGCGAUCAAUUCUUCGCUUCGUUCCAGGGCUUUUUCGUAGCAGUACUCUAUUGUUUCAUGAACAGAGAAGUUAGAGCCGAGAUAUCGAGGGCAUUAAGAAGCAAUAAAUGGAGCCACUUUCGAUACGACUCAAGGCCCACCAUUCCAUCGGGUAGUGUAUGCAGUUGCAAUACCUCGAAAUUUGGACGACGUGGUAAAAGACCAAAAUGGUUGGCAAAACAAUGGCCAUGUUUCUAUCACGAUCGCGAAGCUCAUCGUUCAACGCACUCGAUGGCGAGUACACAAGAUAUUGGAACGCGAGGAGGUAGUUUAGCUAGCAGCAGGGGUUACCUGGAUGUCAUUGGGAACAGAUCCAACGUUCUAUCGAUGGAUCAUCAUAAGUGCAUCAUGAGUCAUACUACGCCGCUUUGUAGUAAAUGUACAAAUCAAUCAUUACUAUCGUUUUCCUCGAAUAUGUCCGAAAUGUCCAUGAAUGCGGAAAAGAUUCGUGAACGGCACAGAUGGAGUGACUCGGAAUGCUGUCAGCUUACUUACGAAUUGCACAAUCUUCAACAUCAUACGUAUCACUGACACUAUUAUUAUGCAUUAGACUUUUAAAGAGCACGUUUAACUUUCAUUUGAUCUCUCUCUCUCUCUCUCUCUCUUUCCCUUUCUCUCUCUCUCUCUCUCUCUCUUUCUCUCUUUCUUACGGAGCACAGUCUCAUGUCGUAUCUUUACUCGCAAUCAUGUAACGUUCGAAAAUUAUUGUUUUAUUAGAGAAUAUGCUUCGUUGGACUAUUGUAACGAGAAAAUAUUUUGUAAAAAUGAAUACAUACAUAUAUCUAUAUAUAUAUAUAUAUAUAUAUAUAUAUAUAUAUAUAUAUAUAUAUGUGUGUGUAUCAAUUCAAGACACAAUGGUAUUUGAUCUAUACAAAUAUUUUGAAAAAAAAAAAGAAUAUAUAUAUAUACAUAUAUAUAUAUAUAUAUAUAUAUAUUUUUUAUUAUGCUUGACAGAUGUAAAAUAAUAUAUUUAGAAAAGAAAAUAUUAAUAUUUAAACAACUUAUGUCAUGGUUCGAAUUUAUGAACAAAUUUAUCGAACGUGUGGUAUAAAAGUACAUGUUCCUAAUUUAUAACUUAGUGUCGUAAAUUUAUAACUUCAUUGUAAUUGAUAUUUAUUCUUAUUCAAAUUUGUCAUAUUAAUCAUGCAAUAUAAAUAUAUUCGUCCUUAUAAUUGGACAUAAGUAUCGCGAAUCGAUUACUACUGCUGCCAAUUAUACAGUAAAUAUCAUUUAUUAUAUUAGAAGGAAUAUAAACCUUUUAUCCUGAAAAGAAAAUUCAUUUCUAUGAUAAAUCUAAAUCGAUAAAAUUAACAAAUCGUAAAAGAUGAUACUUUAAUUAGAAAAAUAUUAUUUAUAUAACGUGCAAUCUUUAUGUAAUUCUAAUGUCUUUUGAUGACAUAUUCAAAGAAACAAAUUACCCGUUACAUAAACCAAGUUAGAGCCAAUACCAAUACUCCAAACUAAUUAAAUAUUAUUUACCAAUGGAAUUGCCAUUUGCUCAAAUGAUAGGUAAAGAGCUCUCUAUACCAUAAUAAUAUCUAUGUAAUUGUCUUUGUUCAAUGUAAAAAAAAAAAAAGAAAGAAAAAGAAUUAUAAGUAAAAUUUAAAUUUAUAAAAUUAAA